CACUCUUAGGAUGCGCUGUCCAUGGCCUUCAACCCAAUGUCAACCUGGGAGCUCGUUGAAGAACUCGCUGCGAUCGAUGAUCGCAAUCUCAACGGUCGAAUAACUAGAAUCUCUCAACUUCCGAAGGGCAGUGGCGAUUAUGGUGAUGUCUAUCUUGGCAUGUAUAAAGGGGAACGCAUCUGCGUCAAAUUUCUAAAAACGAUCGAACCAUCCAACUCUGUCAGUGCUGAGCCCGCAUGCGCAAAAUACCCCAGAAGAUUGAAGCGCGAAGAAGAUAUCUCCGUUCGGUGCGAGGGCCGUGAUAUUACGCGCUAUUUAAAGAAUCAUCCCGAAGCUGACCGCCGUUUUUUUGGGGGCUCGGGAUGUUUGCGAAGGGCUAGUAUUCCUUCAUGCAGAGAACAUUGUUCACCGUGAUAUUAAGCCCGCGAACGCUGCAGUCGAUGCGGUGCGCCGUGCAAUGCUGUGUGAUUUUGGUCUGGCCUGCAUCCUACAUGACGCGACCACACGCACCCAAGCGUCUAGUGCUGCAGGGCCCCUGCUUUCAUAUCUCCGCAAUUACUUGAGGAAUUACUAAAAGGCCAUGCAGUGAACCGGGACAAAGCGAAUGAUGUCUGGGCGUUCGGCUGCACAUCAGUGUUGACAACCACCUUACAAGUGGCAGAAUUCGGAUCAAUUUGAGAAGGG